GAUCUUAUAAUCCACAACCCUAUCCGCGAAGCACCUCCGCAUCCUUCUCCUUUCUCUUCUUCAUCGCUCGGCAAGACCACUUUUGGGUCGGGUUCUCCGCGGCCUCGAUGCCGUGGUUGGCCGGAACGCACACCGCGAUCAGAAACUCCUCUCGAGAGAAGCUCCCUCCUUCGUCUUCGACGUCGUCGUCCUCCACCUACUUCUACUGUGAAUAUAUUAUGGCUGAUAAUUUUGUGUAAGGACAUUAGAGUUAGGGAUUUUUGGGUUUUCUUUGGAGAUGGAGGAGAGGUCGACGGUUUGAGAAAGAGUGGAGGGGAGAUGAGCUUUAUGGCGGCGCCGGGGGCGGAGGAGGAAGAGGGGGCCGCGGCGGCAGGGCAGAUCCAUUUGCCGGCGGAGGUGGACUGGGAGAUGCUGGACAAGUGGCGGUUCUUCGUCCUGGGCGCCGCACUCUUCUCCGGCGUGUCCGCGGCGCUGUACCCGGCGGUGGUCCUCAAAACGCGGCUCCAGAUCGCGCAGCCAGCGCCGCCGUGCCUCCGCGCGGCGGCGUCCAUCCUCCGCCACGAGGGACCCCGGGGGUUCUACCGCGGAUUUGCCACGUCCCUCGCCGGCACCGUCCCCGCGCGGGCCCUCUACAUGGGCGCGCUUGAGGCCACCAAGAGCGCCGUCGGCACCGCCACCCUCCGCUUCGGAGUCCCCGAGCCCGCCGCCUCGGCUGCCGCAUCCGCUGCCGCCGGACUCAGCGCGGCUGUCGCCGCCCAAGUUGUCUGGACACCCAUCGACGUGGUCAGCCAACGCCUCAUGGUGCAGGGCUCCGCCGCCGCCACCGCCGUUGCCAAGUACCGCGGUGGUGUUGACGCCUUUAAGAAGAUACUGUUCUCCGAUGGCCUCCGCGGCCUUUACCGGGGGUUCGGGAUGUCAAUCCUCACCUACGCCCCAUCCAAUGCCUUGUGGUGGGCGUCCUACUCCCUCUCUCAGAGACUAAUCUGGGGUGGCAUCGGCUACCACAUGGGUGGCGGCGAGUUGAGGCCGGGACACGGUACGGUGGUGGUGGUGCAGGGGAUAAGUGCGGCGAUGGCAGGGGGAGCUUCGGCGGUCAUGACAAUGCCACUGGACACCAUUAAGACGAGGAUGCAGGUGUUGGACGGCGGUGGCGAGAGGAUGACGAUUGGGCGAACAGUGAGGAGUCUUCUGAGGGAAGGCGGGUGGGGGGCAUGCUACCGAGGGCUUGGUCCGAGGUGGGCUUCCAUGUCUGUGUCCGCGACCACCAUGAUCACCACCUACGAGUUCUUGAAGAGGCUUUCAGCGAAAGAGGGCUUUCUUUGAGAUUAUUGUCUGAUCCAUUCUAACCCAAAGACAGAUUUUUCUGAACAUAAGUAGCGUAAUCUUGUCAUUGUUUAAAGUUGGACUUUUUGUUCAGAUAAUGGGAUAGGAAAGUGGAGGUGUAUGUUAAGGAGUGUUUUGGGAGGAUUAGAGUUUAGAUUUUAGUGGCAUGUGGAUGGAUGCAGAAGAGCUCUCGGAUUGGUCUUACAGUCAUCGAGUGCGCCUGGGUAUAAUGGAUGUGGAGACAAGGUGACUGUAGUCUCUCUGUAAAGUUUGCUGCAAGUGCUGUUACUGUGGUUGGCCUUUUUGAGUUGGGAAAUCUCUUGCUGCACGAGGAAAUCAGGGUGACUAGGCGAUCUUAGAUCAUUUUGGGGCCUCUUUGCCCACAUCUUGUUCUCUUCCUCUCAUUUUGGAUUGGAUUUGGUGAUGUUGUGGGGAACUUAGCUUGGUGAACCUUUGGAUUUAUCUUCUUAUUAUUCCACUCUUCCAUGUUUUCUCUAGCUUUGUGAGCCUUGGAGACGUAGGAUUGCAGCUUAUUAUUGGAUCUUCCACUCUUCCAUUUCUUUUCCUAUUAAUCUCUUUUUUAUAUUCUCAUUUCCUU